CGCGCGUCCGCCGCCCGCUGGCUCAGGCCCCAGCAGCCGCCGCCUCCCCCUCCAUGGCCGCCGCUCUCGCCGGCUGCAUUGUGGGAAGCUGACCUCACUCGCUGCUGCCGCCGCCCCGCCGGCUCCGGCACUCGCCGCCAUGGGGGCCGUGACCGACGAUGAAGUUAUCCGCAAGCGGCUGCUGAUCGAUGGCGAUGGAGCUGGCGACGACAGGCGGAUCAAUUUGUUGGUGAAGAGUUUCAUUAAGUGGUGUAAUUCCGGAUCUCAGGAGGAAGGAUACAGCCAGUACCAACGAAUGCUGAGUACUUUAUCACAGUGUGAAUUUUCAAUGGGAAAGACUCUUCUGGUGUAUGACAUGAACCUGAGAGAGAUGGAAAAUUAUGAAAAAAUCUAUAAGGAUAUAGAAAAUAGUAUAGCUGCAGCCCAUGAGAAGAUCUCUGAAUGCAAAAAACAAAUCCUGCAAGCAAAAAGGAUUCGAAAAAAUCGCCAGGAAUAUGAUGCAUUGGCCAAAGUCAUACAGCAUCACCCAGACAGACAUGAAACACUGAAGCAGCUAGAAGCUUUGGGAAAAGAGCUGCAAAAUCUUUCUCACAUUAAAGAAAAUGUUGAAGAUAAGUUGGAGCUGAGAAGGAAGCAGUUCCAUGUUCUCCUGAGCACCAUCCAUGAACUUCAGCAAACCCUGGAGAAUGAUGAAAAACUUUCAGAAGCUGAGGAAUCACAAGAAACUCAGAUGGAAGCAGAGGCCAAGCAGUAGAUGUCACCUGAAGACUGACAAUUACUACUUAAGAAAGUCCAAAUAUCUUCACUUUCUGUUGAAAUCAACAGUAAGAGUGAUGGAGCUGGAAAUAGUUUUCAACUGCUUCUGUGGAUUUUUAUACAAAAAUACGUGUUUUAGGGGAAAAGAGUUGCAGAUGUUUGCAGGCAGGCACUCAGUGUUAACCCACAAACUUUGUAAUUUGUGACAAAUAUACUUUGUUUCACAAAGGAUGAAGCUUUUACACCAUGCUUGUGAACUAAGGUGUUUGUAAAACUUUGCCAAUAAAAGGUGUUUUCACAGA